GUUUUAUGGCACUUGGACAUCUUCAGACGUAGCUUUAGGCAGCUUACAACUCACAAAUGCAUGGGAGAUUCCUGCAUCUUUUGUGCUCUCAAGGGAAUCUUUAACCAGUUUCAGUGCAGUACUGAAAAAGUGCUUCCAUCUGACACUCUCCGCAGUGCUCUGGCAAAGACUUUUCAGGAUGAACAGCGUUUCCAGCUGGGAAUUAUGGAUGAUGCUGCGGAGUGCUUUGAAAACCUCCUGAUGAGGAUUCACUUCCACAUUGCUGAUGAAACCAAAGAGGACAUAUGCACUGCCCAACACUGCAUCUCCCACCAGAAAUUUGCAAUGACGUUGUUUGAGCAGUGUGUAUGUACUAGCUGUGGCGCCACUUCUGAUCCGCUGCCUUUCAUCCAGAUGGUGCAUUAUAUCUCCACUACUUCCCUUUGCAAUCAGGCUAUUUGUAUGCUGGAAAGACGAGAAAAACCCUCACCAAGCAUGUUUGGUGAGCUGCUACAGAAUGCCAGCACCAUGGGGGAUCUGCGGAACUGCCCGAGCAACUGUGGAGAGAGGAUUCGGAUUCGCCGUGUGUUGAUGAACGCUCCACAAAUUAUCACAAUUGGGCUGGUAUGGGACUCAGACCACUCAGACUUGGCAGAGGAUGUCAUUCACAGCCUGGGCACCUGCCUUAAGCUGGGUGACCUGUUUUUCAGAGUGACAGAUGACCGGGCCAAGCAGUCUGAACUGUACUUAGUAGGAAUGAUCUGUUACUAUGGCAAACAUUAUUCUACAUUCUUUUUCCAAACAAAGAUCCGCAAAUGGAUGUAUUUUGAUGAUGCUCACGUCAAGGAGAUUGGGCCCAAAUGGAAGGAUGUGGUGACCAAAUGCAUCAAGGGACAUUAUCAGCCUUUGCUGCUGCUUUAUGCAGACCCCCAGGGUACCCCAGUGUCCACCCAGGACCUGCCCCCCCAAGUUGAGUUCCAGUCGUACAGCAGGACGUGCUACGAUAGUGAAGAUUCAGGGAGGGAGCCCUCCAUCUCAAGUGAUACUCGAACAGAUUCCUCAACGGAGAGCUAUCCCUACAAACACUCCCACCAUGAGUCUGUGGUCAGUCACUUCUCUUCUGAUUCUCAGGGAACAGUCAUCUAUAAUGUGGAGAACGAUUCCACGUCUCAGAGCAGUCGGGACACAGGACACCUGACUGAUAGUGAAUGUAAUCAGAAACUCCCAUCCAAGAAAGGGUCACUGAUAGAGCGCAAGAGGAGCUCUGGCCGGGUCAGGAGGAAAGGUGAUGAGCUUCAGGCCUCAGGGUACCACAGUGAAGGAGAAACACUGAAAGAGAAGCAGGCUCCUAGGAAUGCCUCCAAAUCAUCCAGCAGCACCAACAGGCUAAGGGAAUUUAAAGAGACAGUCAGCAAUAUUAUCCAUAACAGACCAUCCCUGGUUUCUCAGACCAACCUAGGAUCUCCCUGUGCGGGGAGGGGAGGAGACCAGACUGACAAAAAACCUCCUCGGAACCUGCCUUUACACUCUCGUGACUGGGAAGUAGAGAGUACCAGCAGUGAGUCAAAAUCCAGUUCUUCUAGCAAGUAUCGUCCAACAUGGAGACCCAAACGGGAGUCUCUCAAUAUUGACAGUAUCUUUAGUAAGGAAAAAAGGAAGCACUGUGGCUAUACGCAGCUUAGCCCCUUUUCUGAGGAUUCAGCUAAAGAAUUUACACCAGAUGAAUUAAGCAAGCCACCUGCUUACAACAUUAAGACUGGCGGACCAAGACCCCAGUACAAGAUCUGGGGCCCAUUACGGCCAGGCUGUCACCUUUUAGAGCAGCACCCUCGCCUAAUCCAGCGAAUGGAAUCUGGCUAUGAGAGCAGUGAGAGGAACAGCAGCAGCCCUGUCAGCCUGGAUGCAGCUCUGCCUGAGAGCUCGAAUGUCUGCAGGGAUACAAGUGCUAAGAGAUCAGCUGGGUUGGCCCCUUCCUGGCGUCACAUCCCAAAGUCUCACAGUAGUAGCAUCCUGGAGGCAGACUCCACAGUAUCCAGGAGUGGCUGGACAAAGAAUCAGCCCCUCUCAGGUGGGGAGAUAUCUUCCAAAACUGAACUGGAUGAAUUGCAGGAAGAGGUGGCCAGAAGGGCCCAGGAACAGGAACUUCAAAGGAAACGAGAGAAGGAAUUAGAGGCAGCUAAAGGGUUUAACCCUCAUCCCAGCCGCUUCAUGGACUUAGAUGAACUGCAGAAUCAGGGGAGGAGUGACGGCUUUGAGAGGUCCCUACAAGAGGCAGAUUCAGUGUUUGAAGAGUCGCUGCAUCUGGAACAGAGGGGAGACUGUGCUGCCGCUUUGGCUCUCUGUAACGAAGCUAUCUCUAAACUAAGACUUGCCCUGCAUGGUGCCAGCUCUAGCACGCACAGCAGAGCCCUAGUCGAUAAGAAGCUGCAAAUCAGUAUUCGAAAAGCACGGAGCCUGCAGGAUCGCAUGCAGCAGCAGCAACCAUCUCAGCCGCCGUUGCAGCCCUCAGCCUGCCUCCCCUCACAGAGGGGAGCCCUCCCUCAGCCAACAAGUGAACAGCCUAUCCCACUCCAAGUAUUGUUAAGCCAGGAGGCCCAACUGGAACCCUACAUGAAUACAGAGUUUGGGGCCAGUUCUUUCAUCUACUCACCUGCUUCCUGCCAUGAGUUACACUCGCCAUUAUUCCCAGAGUCAUCUGCCCUGUCUGCUCCACAGCACAAUUCCUCUGGUGGGUCUGCCUUGAACCUUCUUACUUCUGUUGAGGUGGACAGCAUUGACCCCUCUGUGUUCCACAGGCAGGGCUUACAUAAAACACCAGGGAGAACUGAGAAGAAUUCUCAUCAUGGUUGGGAACCAGAGGGUGAGCUGCAAAGCUACAGGGGGGACAACAGCAGCUGUACAAGGUUUCCCCAACAAGAAGGAAGAGGCACUGAUCGAGAACAGCUAUUCCAAGAAAAGAGGGAUCCUGCUGACUCAUCCCAGGUGAUGCCUUGGCUACAGCCAACUGGAACAACCACCUCUGAGAGAGGAGAUGCACACAGUCUAGGCUGUGGUCCUUCAAGUUCAUCAGCUCAGCCCAGCCUUUCUCUGUACAGGGCCUGCCACUCCGUAAUGCCUGCUCCUUCCUCUUCUGUGCUUCACUCUCCUAAUACCUUACAGAAAACUAACCAAUGCCUCCAAACCCAAAGCCUCAAAACUUCAUUGACUUCAAAAGUGGACGGAGGCAGCGAGGAGCCCUAUAGGCCAGAGUUUCCUACCACAAAGGGGCUUGUCCGCUCUCUGGCAGAGCAGUUCCAGAGGAUGCAGGGCACCUCCGCAUGGGAUGGUACAGGUUCCCAGGAUAGAAGUUUGCCCAACAGUCUAAGGAAGGACUCUUCCCUUUCUGACUCAAAGCCUCCUUUCCCACAGGGUCAAGGGAAAGGUCAUUGGCCUUGGGCAAAACAACAACCCUCUGUGGAUGGUAGGAACAGACUGCCUUCCUGGGGACAGCCUGCUGAUCAUCCUUCUCUUGUCAUGAACUCUGGGCUGCCUAAUGGUGAAACUUCUAGGGGAGGACAGUCCAGGUUGGCAGAGUCAGGUAUUUACCAUGGGAAACUGUCUCAAGUGAGAGAUGCUAGGCCUAAGGAGCUGGGCAGCAGUGUCAACUUGGGGACUUCCUUGCCUUUGGAUUCCUGGUUGAAUGUUACAAGGCUUUGUGAUUCUCAGCUUGGGGUCCCUGGGCCAGGAAUGAAGUCCUCCCCUCCUGAUUCCCAUACCUGUGUAACCUAUCCAGAAAGAAACCACAUCCUUUUGCAUCCACAUUGGAACCAAGACACAGAGCAGGAGACCUCAGAACUGGAGUCUCUCUACCAGGCCAGUCUUCAGGUUUCUCAAUCUGGCUCUUCUGGAUGGGGGCAGCAGGAAGUGGCCUGGAACCCACUGAGCCAAACAGGCUCUACAGAUGGUGUAGGGAGGAGGUUGCGCUCAGCCCCUGGCCUUGAUCUCUCAAAGACCCCAACAGCAGAAAUAGAGCACAGUCUCCAUGAAGCCAAUACAGUGUCUACUUCUCAGGCUGCACCUGGCCAAGGCCCCAGCAGGGAGUGUGGGGAGGAUGAUCAGUAUGGUGCAGAGAACUUUCGGCGCAUCUCACGCAGUCUCAGUGGCACCGUUGUCUCAGAGAGGGAGGAGGUCCCAGUCUCUUCCCACAGUUUUGAUUCAUCAAACGUGAGGAAAAAGCCUUUGGAAACCGGGCACCGUUGUUCCAGCUCCUCUUCCCUCCCUGUCAUCCAUGACCCUCCUGUGUUUCUCCUUGGUCCCCAACUCUACCCAUCCCAACCACAGUUCCUGUCCCCAGAUGUCUUGAUGCCCAGCGUGGCAGGGGAGCCCCAUAGACCCCCAGGAACUUCGAGGAGUGUCCAGCAGUUUCUGGCUAUGUGUGACAGGGGUGAAACUUCCGAAGCGGUCAAGCACACAGGAAGGACUUUGAACUACCGGAGUCUCCCCCAUCGAACCAGAACAGAUGCCUCCAGGGGAGCAUGGUCAGAGACCAACGAGCAUAUUGGCGCCAGAUUCCUGACUACUCCAGGGUGCAAGCCUCAGCUAACCCACACUGCCACACUACCAGAGAGACACCAGGGCCUUCAGGUUCCUCAUGCUCAGUCCUGGGAGGAUCUUUUCCAUUCACCCUCCCACCCUCCCAUUGUUUACCCUGUGUCCCUACUGUCAAGCAGUCUUCGUGUACCCCUGAGGUCAGCUUGGAAUUCAGGUCCUGUCCCAGGGUUUCGAGCCCAUGGUCCUCGAAGAGUAGAUAUGCCCCCAGAUGAUGACUGGAGGCAAAGCAGUUAUACCCUGCAAUCUGGGCACAGGAGGACAGGGAGAGAGGAGUUUCUGUUUGUUCUAGCAGAUGCCCCUGGAAGAGAGCAGAUCAGGGCUAGAGCCAUGCAGCACAGCAGGUGGUAA